CCUGGACAUGAUUAGCAUUGGUGUGGGCACGAGGACAGGCAUCCCGCACACAUCCCGCUUGGCCUCCAGACCAGGCAUGGAGCAAGAUGAAGCUGUCCUGCGAAGGAGGCAGAAGCAGAUUGACUAUGGGAAGAACACUGUGGGCUACCAGYGCUUCCUCCAGCAAGUCCCCAAGGCUGCUCGACAGCCAGGUGUUCACCCUCAAACUCCAAAUAAGUACAAGAAAUACAGCCGCCGCUCCUGGGACAUGCAGAUCAAACUGUGGAGACGAGCUCUGCAUGCCUGGGAUCCUCCUGGCUGGUGUCCAGCUCAAGAUGCACCAGGACUUCUGGAAGACACUUCUGUCUGUUGCCCUAGGUGCCUAUUCAGUUGCUUACAAGAAGGAUGGUCUUUGAAGGAAGGAAAAAGGGGGAAAUCUACUCAUGCUAAUCUUAGCAGAUUCUCCUCUGUUGGUGUCUGUCACACUUGGGCAGCUCAAGCUUAUUAAAUGUCAUAGGCUCAGUGUGCAUAGCAGGCAUCCUGUAAGAUUUUGUACUCCCAAGCAUGUGAGGUCUCCUUAGAGGAGAGACAAGAGGCUCUAGAUGCCUGCUAUUUCUUGUGGCUGUUCAGCAUCUACCCCUACAGUCCUUCCGGUUCCUUUCUGUGGACUGAAGAAUUAGGUGCAGUCACCUGUGCUUGCUGUCAUCCAUCUCUGUCUCAUCAUUGCUGACAAGCCCUGGGACAUGCAAAUCUAGGCUGUGGGCUUAGGCCUGUUACUGUAGUGUUCAUGGUGCAGGCAUUCUUCUGCACCAUGCACCAUGGUGCCUUCUGCCUGCACCA